AUGCCGACACAAGCCGAGAGAGAACAGCUGGAAGCGCUAUUCGAAAGGUGGUCAUCCGACAGCGACCUGUCGGAUGUGCCGGAGCCACCUCCCGCCGAGCCACGACCGAGCAGCACGGGACGACCGCCAACCGACGUCACCCGCCGACCGCCGCCACGGGUAGGCACGUCGAUCCAAAGGGGCGACGCCGAAACCAGGAAGAAAAUCCUCCUCCUGGCCACCCCGCCGCCGCCACCGGAUCGCCGCCGGCUGAAUCGCGGGCGAGCAUCGGCCCCGCCGCCACGGCCCGUACGGCCCAGCCCGGCCGUAAAAGAGACGCCGCCACCAGCAGAGCCACGACCACGGCCACCGGCGCGAGCACCGGCGACCACGCGCCCGACACCGAGGCCGGCUCCGGCGCCACAGCCCACCACGGCCAAUAGGGAAACACCGCCUCGGCCAGUGGGAUCGCGGCCGCGACCCCCGGCGCGCGCACCGACGCCAGCCACCGGACGUCCGACGCCGACAUCCGACCGACGGAUCACCGAAGCCGCCGGCCCGCGCUCUUCGCCAUGCGCCGCUGCGGCCCAGCCGAUCCGCAGACCGACGGCCGCCGGACGACAGCGACCCGUAGGGGCUCGCCCAUCGGAGCCUACCACGGUCCACGUGGCACCCGGGCGGGCCAUCAGCGUGCCGCACACCGCCCGACACGUCGAGCGGCGAUUCCGCCAGUGGACUCCGGAGGGCCACCCCGCCGGGUUUUCCGGUUAUCCGUUGCAGGCGGAGCUCGACGUGACACUCGGGCCUGCCGGCAAUACCCAGCCGCCUACCCUGACAGUAGCAAUAAGUGCAUGCGAACCACGCCGUAAUUAUAAGCCGUUAGUGAUAAGGCCGCUAGCUAUAACCGCGCCGUAA